AUGCCUAUAAAGCAUGCACAUUCUUCGGAUGACGUUUUACCUUCCUUUACAUCUCGUCUCGUCCAUAAAGUCUCAUCCUCACUAGGAACAUUCAAAGUCAAGAAGCAGGCCUCAUCUGAUAGAGAGGAAAUUGGCCGCCUCCGCAAUCAGCGCUCGUUACGACACACCACAAAGUUUUGCUACAAUGAAACUAUCUGUAACCGAGAGCUUGUGAAACAAUCUGCGGCUUUCCACACUGACGCUACCAACGACAGGCGAGCACAACCUUCAACGGAGCGCAGCGGCGAAAUCGAACCGUUAUUCGACGGAGGGACUCGCUCCCAAAGAGGUUUUCGGUCGCAUACAUUGAAGGCUGUGCCAGAGGUCGAUGCUUCGCCGAUUGCCCCAGACCGGUCGAGGCGGAAAACUAUCGCCUUUGUCGGCAAUCGUUUAGAUCAAGAAGUCAAACAAGUCAGAGCGGACACUACACCGGUGAAGAAGGCGCGCGGGGAGAGUUCUGCGACUUGCUCGGACAUGCAUCGUGUUGUCGACAGUGACGACUACCUUCUAGCACGAGGCGCAAACCCACGGACCGGAGUCGUUACACCAGGAUCGCGCAGCGCUAGCAGCUCAAUUGAUCGGAACCAAAACGACUUAUCCCGAGUCGGACGCCAAGUUCCCUCGAGUCGAUGGCGACAACGAGGUGACCAAUGGAUCAGCAUGGAUCUAGAUGAGCCCACGUCUCCUUCAACGUCUCCGACGGAUAGACCUCGAGAGCAUCAAUACCAAGCCCUGAGGACUCCGCAAAAACUUGCGACCCGAGGAGAACGAGACCCAUUGCUUGACCAUGGCAAAAUGCAGAGUGACCACCCGGUCAAUCCAUCCCACGGCCGUGGUGCGACAGACCAAUUCCAUCAAGAUCACCUAGGGGCUAGUGUGAAGGCGGAAAGACUUCAGAGUGGAGUUGAACAAGCUAUUUCGCAGGACAAUCAAAAACUCAGCAGACCCAUCAAGCGGAAGCCUGUUGGGAGUACUCCGGGAAGAAGUAAUGCAGAGCCAGUUUCACAUCCUCAGCGAGGUACCAAUGAAAGUACGGACACCGUCCUAAGAAAUCCCAAAUUCAGUAGUGAGGUACGCUCCUCCUCGGCGCCUGAUCAUCCAAGAGGACACUUGUUUCCGCCUCAUACUGUCAAGAAAACUCUACCGAGGACUCCCACUGAUGGCUCAGAGAAUGGAAGUCAAACGGCGGACGAUUCUUUUUUAGGAUUAUCUCAGACGGGCCAGCAAGUAGACGUCCCAAGUUCAAAAACCUCAAACAUCUCUGGCCGUCAUUCUCUCGAAAAAGAACUACCAUGUCUGCCGACGAACAAUGGCCUAUACCAGUCGACAUCGGAUAUGACCCUAUACCCAACGACCCCGAAGGGAGAGAACGAAGCGACGAUGCCAAUGAGGGAGUCUCCAACCGUGCGUAUCGCAGCUUCCCAAGGGCCGAGAGAUGGCGACCUGGUGUACCCAUACAUUCGAACGGCGAGGCUAACAUACCCGGCCCCUCCCACAGCGAGACACAUCAAGCGCCUAGGAGAAAGAGUGGUGCCAUUCCCAAUAUACGACAACCCCCUGAGGCGCCUAUCGCCAUUGAUGCGGACAACUGGUCCAAAAGUCGAGAGCCCAAGGGUCCCGUCCCCGCGAGAAAUGAUGGUUUCAAGGAGGACAAGACCGGGUCUCGUCCCGUUUCCGAAUAUCACUACCAUACCCACAGACAUAUCCACCGGCGGACCUCAUCCCCCAAGACCUCAGCCGCCCGAUCAACGGUUGAUGAUGAAUCGUGGCCAAUAUGGUUUCCGCUGGAGACCGCCUCCGUCAGACAGUACCGACAUUAUCACGAACACUACCAUGAAUAUGUAUACCGACACCAUGAUGUCGAUUCCAAUGCCAAGGAUCAGGCCCAGAGCAAUGACCCGUCCUCCACUGCCUACGAGAGCAGAAGGGAUGUACGGCGUGCCCGGAACCGCGCCAACGUGCAAUCGGUCAGACCAGAUAGACAUCGAUGCCCGACGUCCAUGGACGCCGUCGGGCAUGCCGUCGGGCGUAGAGCUUGUGGCAAGAGAAGACCUUGGCGUAGCAGAGACGAACCCCAUUCCGAAAUCCCUAAAAUCACGGCUACAGCCCUUCCAAGGCCCGUCAAUGGUGAACGACCUACCACUAGAGCAUGCAGAAAUGAGUCCAGGCGGCUUUGGCCUGAUGAGGAAAUGCAGCAAUUGCAAUCAUGGCUUCGUGGGCGUCAAGCUUCACAAUACCGAUAGUGUCACCCCUACGUCCGCCCUCCAGAAGAACGUCGACAAACCAAGCGAGGGUGCUAAGUAUUUGCAUCCCAAGGGAAGCCCAAUUCCAAGACUACCCCAAGAUAGAUCUCCACAGCAAAAUGGACAGAUCCAGCACGAGAUGUUGACUCUCUCACACAAGAGUGUCGACGUCGUCGAUGAACGCGAUCACUCCAUUUGUUGUCCCGAAUGCUGCAAACUGGAUUGUCAUGAAGGCUGCCUUGGACAUCCCAGCUCCACAUGCGCAUCUACUCCUACAAAGAGUCUUUGGUUAGAAGCCCAAAGUUCAACCAGUUCCUGUGAACCAGAAACACAGGAAGAGGUAAAGGCCGCGGGAACCGAAGGGAAAGGCAAGUUCACCCGGCUGGCUGCUGUCAGGUCUGUCCUAAAGAGGUCGCCGAAAAAGGAAGAGCAAUCCAAGUCUGGCAGUCAUAUUCAGGUGGCCUUGUCCAAAGUUGCUCCUGUUGAGUUGUCCAUGCAGCCGCCGAUUCCUGCAACAUCCGCGCGUUACGACUCGGUCAAACGGUUACCUGACGCGGUAGCUGCAGCAUUGGGCGCCAUGGAGCUGCCAUCGCAUAAAAGAAGGAGAGAGGCACUAACGGCAGCAUUCAGUGGCAUCGGACCCUCACAACAAACAGGUUCUGCGUCACGCCCCAUAAUCCACAGAAGGCAGAGAAGUUCAAGCUUGCCCAUUCUGGGAAUUGGCGUCACUUCACGCCGUGGCAGUGGAAACGCUCAAUAUCAGCGUGCCACAAGCGGAGGGUCUUGGCUCCGCAUCCCAUCACCUCUUGGGUCCGUGAUGUCUUGCUCUAACUCCAGUAAGGAUGGCUCUUGGAGAAGCCGCAACGUCAGUACUGCGAGCAUUACGACCUUCGAGCUGCAAGUUCCGAGUUUUGCAUCUCUUACUGCCUGCGGCAGUUGUGCUGUCGUCGGGGAUGUGCUUCUCAUACCCCUUCAGGCUGCUAGGAUGUGGAUUCGCAACCACCCCCAUAUCCUGGCCUUUGGCAGGGAGGUGGUCCAAGGAGCUUGGAUCAUGACGCAACUCAUGAUGAGGACGGGAUGGCGACUUUGGGCAACGGUAUUUGUGUACUCCAAAACUGGAAAAAUCAAGUUUUACGUCAGUAAAGGCGAAACGGCGGGUGGGUUUGUAUUGGACCUGGCGAGGAGUCUGCUUUACUUAAUCACCUUUGCUGCGGUGAGCACCCUUGUUAUCAGGGUAUUGGGGCUGGUGAUAUGGCUGUUGGGGAUCAUUGGAUGGGUUGUAAGGGCUGUAUUUUGGGUGUUGAAGGGUAUUAUGGGGGUUGGCCAGGUGAGGUAA